UCUAACGCGGUGUAUUUAAUUCUUACUUUAUUCUCUUUUGUUACUAUUUUAUAUAUCACCUUUCCUAUUUUCAUUUAAUUAAAUAAAGUUAACCUUAACAAAAUGUCUUGGUUAUUUGGGUACAGUACGAAACCUCCACAACCUCCUACAGAUGAUCCACCUGCAGAAAACGGGGGUGCAGCAGCACCUGCGGUUAACCUUUCUAAGUCAGAAAAGAAAGCUAUGGAAGCUUAUCGGUUUGAUUCUAGUGCCUUAGAGAGAGCAGCCCAAGCCGCGAGGGAGCUGGAAAGAUCAAAACAUGCAAAGGAAGCAUUGGAACUUAGUAAACUGCAGGAGACAACUAAGCAACAAGAGCAAUUGGCAAAAAUUAAAGGUUAUGAAGCAGAAAUUGAACAUGCUAAAGUUGAUCAAAAAAAGAUUGACUAUGAAGAGAGGCGCAAAACAUUGCAGGAAGAAACCAAACAACAUCAGAUGAGGGCUCAGUAUCAAGACCAACUUGCAAAAAAGCGGUAUGAGGAGCAAAUAAUACAGCAACAGAAAAGUCAAGAUGAGAUAUUGAGAAAGCAAGAAGAAAGUGUCGCAAAACAAGAAGCUCUACGUCGUGCAACUAUUGAACAUGAAAUGGAGCUCCGGGAAAAGAACAAAAUGAAAACCAUUGAGGCUGAAGCCAGAGCUAAAGCAAAAGCCGAACGUGAAAAUCGUGAUAUUACACUUGAACAAAUCAGAUUGAAGGCAGCUGAAAAUAGGACUACUAUUUUAGAAAGUAUCAAGACUGCAGGGACUGUUAUUGGCACAGGAUUAAAUGCACUUGUAACUGAUUGGGAUAAAACUUUAGCUGCUGCUGGUGGGUUAUCUCUCUUAGCACUUGGUGUGUAUACAGCUAAAGGAGCAACGUCAGUAACAGCAAGAUUCAUUGAAGCUCGGAUUGGGAAGCCUACAUUAGUGAAUGAAACCUCAAGAUUCUCCUUACUGGAGGCAGUGAAACACCCUAUACUCACAAUAUCUAAAGCAAUAACCAGUUUUAGAAAGCCAACAGACGCAUUGGGUGGUGUGGUCCUUGCGCCUACACUGGAGAGACGACUUCGGGAUAUUGCUAUAGCAACCAAAAACACUAGAGUGAACAAAGGGUUUUAUCGUAACCUACUUAUGUAUGGUCCACCUGGUACUGGAAAAACAUUGUUUUCUAAAAAACUUGCAACACAUUCAGGCAUGGAUUAUGCAAUUCUAACUGGCGGUGAUGUUGCACCUAUGGGCAAAGAUGCAGUUGCUGCUAUUCAUAAGGUAUUUGAUUGGGCUAAUACAAGUAGUAAAGGUGUGCUGCUAUUUAUUGAUGAAGCUGAUGCAUUUUUACGUAAACGUUCGUCUGAAAGAAUAAGUGAAGAUUUAAGAUCAGCAUUGAAUGCUUUUCUAUAUCGUACAUCUGACCAGAGUAAUAGAAUCAUGUUGGUAUUAGCUUCUAACACUCCUCAGCAAUUUGACUCCGCCAUCAAUGACCGACUUGAUAAGAUGAUUGAAUUCGGACUUCCUGGACAAGAAGAACGAGAGCGUCUGAUUCGUCUUUAUUUUGAUAAAUUUGUUUUACAACCAGCUUCAGAGGGAAAGAGACGUUUGAGUGUGGACCAAUUUGAUUAUGGUGCUCUAUGUUCAAAUUUGGCAUCACGUACAGCCGGUAUGUCGGGCCGCGCACUGUCUAAGCUCGGUGUAGCGUGGCAAGCAGCUGCUUAUGCUUCUGAUGAAGGACGACUCACUGAACAGAUGUGUAUUGACAUUUGCGAUGACGCAGUCAGGGAUCACAGACAGAAGAUGGAAUGGUUAUCUGCAGAAGAAAAAACUCGCAGUAUGAUGCCUUAUCUCUUAGAUUUGCCUCCCUUGGACAAUUCUAAUGAGGCACAGUCUACACCAAAAUUAACUGAACCUCCAGUCAAAGCAGAAUCCUCUUCCAGAAACAAAUCCUUAACCAAGAAGACUGCUGGGAAAUCAAUUGACACUGAGAAGUGACAAAGUAUUUCUAAUUCAAAUAAACCAGAGAGUUCAUUACAAAUAAGCACAAGUUCCACUAUUGAACAGAAAAAGUAUUGCGAUACAAACAGUACUGUACUCCACUACUUAUUUGAUUUUAAAAUAUCAAAAUUAAACAAAUACAUUAUACUGAGUGAAAAUGAUGUGAAAACAUUGCAAACAAUAUCUAAAAGAUUGAGUAAGAAAGUUUGAAUAAGGCUUAACUAAUUAUAAAUGUGUAUUUAUUGUAGACACCUCGUGUGGCUUUAUAGCUGAACUGAUAUUUCAACAAAUGUAUAGUGAAUUUGUUUAAAAAAAUUAUGUUAUUGUUUGUCAUGUGAUUUUGAACAACACUGUCUGACUGGUAUUUGCAUUCCUAGUGUAUACAAGUAAAUAUCAACACAGUAACAAAAUACAAUAUAUUGCCUUGCAAACUUUAAUGUACCGCAUUUUUUUCGUCUAAAUAAUAUAGAUUUAGACCACAGUUGGUAAAAGGACAUCCUUUUGUACACAUGUAUUAGACAUAAAUUAUUAGAAAGUAAUAUUUUAUAUAGGAAAACUAAUACACGAGCGCUGUGUUUAUUGUAUAGAUUUUGUGUAUUGAAAGUUAUUGUAAAUAAAAUAUAUAUUCCGAUCAGAUUUCUAACAACCAAUCAAUGUGUGUCCAAAAAGGGGAUGUAAAUCUCGAAUUAUAUUAUAUAAAAUGAAAUUCAAUAUAUGAUUCGUCUGUUGUUAGACUCUAGAUCAUUGUAGUAUUCACGACACUAGUAACAUCACUGUAAUAACAGGAAGCAUGCAGCAGACAUACUAGACAGGGAAUUUUAACCCUUCACCUAAUGUUACAGAAAUGCACAAGAUAAUCCGAUACUGUGAUGCACAAGAUAAUGAUUUGCUAUCAAACGUGUCAUAAGGUUACUUGUAAAAAAGUAUUUGUUGUUUGUGGUAAAAUUAAUUGGGUUAGAAUGUUGAUCUUUUCAAUUAUAGACAUGUUUUAAUUUGUUUGAUUCGAACACAUACUAUAAAAUCAAACUACUUAAAACAUGUUUUUAUUUAUUUCGUGAAUAAAUAUAACCAAAUAAAUAACAAAGUUUAUUCACGAAAUACCUAUAUUAAAAUAUAUAUAUGUGGGUGAAAAUGAUAGGUUAGUCUAGUUGAUGUUUGGAUUGUUGCCGGUUGUGAG